CACACACACACACACACACACUCUCACACACACUCCCGUCCAUCCAUCCAUCCCCACACACACAGGCCUGGUGCAGGGAGUGAUCAGGCAGACGAAGAGCAGCUCUCAGUCAUUGUCUGCCUGCCUAGCUUCUCUACUCAGGCUGGAUCUGAUUCCUGACGGGGAGCGGCCAUCCAUCACCCGGAGCAGGAAGAAGAGGCCAACACAGCUCUGAUUCAAUUUUACACUCGAGUCACCCGGUCGCACAGAAACAAACCCACCAACGCUUAACCACCCAGAGAGGGGAAAGAAGGGGUAAAGAAGUGAUGGCUAUGGCUGACAUCGGCGAGGAUCAAGAUGACCUAAAUGAAGUGAUGGCUAUGGCCGACAUCGGCGAGGAUCAAGAUGACCUAAAUGAAGUGAUGCGUGAGGAAAUGGAGGAUGGCAUCAUCUAUGAUGGAGUGUCAUCCCGCGUCCCAGAGAUCAUGGCGGCCGGAACGCACUCCCCUGGGGGACCCAAUGGGAUCAUCCGGAGCCAAUCCUUCGCCGGCUUCAGCACGCUACAGGAGAGACGCUCGAGGUGUAACUCGUUCAUGGGGAACUCUGCAGUGCAGAAGAAGCCCACAUCCAAACCAAAGAAGCCCCAUCUGUCAGGGCACAAGGCCAGCAGCGGCUCCAGAGAGCCCAAACCCGAGAGGGUGGAGGAGGUGUAUGGAGCCCUAAAACAAGGCUUGGCUGAGUAUCUGGAGGUGCACCAGACAGGGCUGGACAAACUCACCUCUCUGAUGAAGGACAUGAAGAGGAACUCCAGACUGGUGAGACAGGAUGGAGUCCUGUAUGACCUUGACAAGCAAAUCAAAACCAUCGAGAGGUACAUGAGGCGGUUGGAGUUUCAUAUGAGCAAGGUGGAUGAGCUGUAUGAGGCGUUCUGUAUCCAGCGCAGGCUGAGGGAGGGAGCCAGUAAGAUGAAGCAGGCCUUCUCUGCAUCUCCCUCCACCAAGGCCACCAGAGAGAGCAUGUCAGAGGUCAACCGCAGAUACAAGGAGUACACAGAGAAUAUGAGCACGUUAGAGGGGGAGCUGGAGAACAUGCUGGGGGAGUUCCAUAUCAAAAUGAAAGGUCUUGCUGGCUUUGCUCGUCUCUGUCCAGGAGACCAGUAUGAGAUCUUUAUGCGGUAUGGGCGUCAGCGCUGGAAGCUGAAGGGGAAGAUAGAGGUGAACUCCAGACAGAGUUGGGACGGAGAGGAGAUGGUCUUCAUGCCCCUCAUCACAGACCUCAUCAACAUCAAGGUGACGGAGCUGAAGGGCCUGGCCACCCACAUCCUUGUGGGCAGUGUGAUCUGUGAGACCAAGGAUCUGUUCACGGCCAUGCCUCAGGUGGUGGCUGUAGACGUUAAUGACCUGGGAACCAUCAAACUCAACCUGGAGGUCACAUGGUUUCCAUUCGAUGUGGAAGACCUGACCCUGUCUUCAGGGAACGUGAGCAAGGCCACCGCCCUACAGAGACGAGUGUCUGUCUACAGUCAGGGCACGCCAGACACACCCACCUUCCAGGACCAGUCCUUCUUUAAGUGGCAACCCUCCCCGACCCAGCAUCGUCCCUGCCUGACCCAGCAUCGCCUGUCCCCGACCCUGCAUCGCCUGUCCCCGACCCUGCAUCGCCUGUCCCCGACCCAGCAUCGCCUGUCCUUCCUCCACGGUCUGAGGAACUCCCUGUUAGAGAAGCUGAGACGCAGUCGCUCCUUUGGCGACCUGGUCUCCCUCCGCCCCAGGCCCAAGUCCAGCCUGGAGGGUUAUGUGACUGAGUCCACCCUCCCUGAUGACGUCUUUGAGAGCGGUGGGUGUGAUAACGCCGAGUGCAAGCGCCUCUCCUUCACCUUCUCCGAUACUUUAGUCUCCUCCCCCAGCCUCGCCCCCGGCCAGUCCAACCCCGAAAUCACCGUCACGCCCCCUGAGACCUGCCCCCAGCCCCAAAUCCCCAACGUUGAAGUCUCCGUUCGAAUACAUGCAGACGUAGUGGAAGAGGCAGAGGAAGGUGAGGAGGAAGAGGAGAGUCGCGGUAGCAGCGGCAGCGUGAGUACCAGCCUGGUCAGCGAGGAGGCGGAGUCAGAGUGGGAGAGGGCGGAGUCCCAGUGUAACAGAGGACCCGUCUCUCUCUGCUCGGAGAGGCAGUUGUCUGCGGUUGCUCCCGGGGGUGUGUUUCCGGACCACGCUGGGCCGGACAGGGAUGGAGAUGAAGAUGACAGCUCGGAGCUACUGAAGCCCGUAGAACUUGACACUGAAGAACCAGGCAGCUUGACCAGGCAACUGGUGAGGAGACUGACAUCGUCUGACAUUCUGCCCGAGGCGGGGGUUCUGAGCUGGGCUGGGGAGGGGAGCAGGGCCUUCCUGGAGAGCAGCCUGGAAGAAACCCUGCAGAGUCUGCUACUGAGGCUAGAGUCACUGGGACAACGCUGUAGAGAACUACAGGACCUGGAACAGGAAGUGAUGCGCCUGGAGGACCUACUCAAGUGCCGUCUCCCGGGCCACAGGAGCAGGUCGUCCAGCCUCAGCCUGAUGGUUGAGAGCGCCCUGGAGAGCUUCGACUUCCUCAACACCUCCGACUUUGACGACGAUGACACGGGUGAUGACCACGCCCUCCAACACUCCGUGUUCUUUGACAUGGAGGCGGAGAGCAUCGGACCUGGGGGCCAGCACCCAGAGGCCAGGGGUCACCUGAGUGAAGCCCUGAUGGAGGACACCGGGGUGGGCAACAGUGUACCCGGCAGCCCCCUGCCUCUCACCACCGGCAACGAGAACCUGGACGUGGCCAUCGUCAUUCACCUGCAGUACUGCGACCAUCUCAUCCAGCUCCUGUCCAGUGGGGGGAGCCCUUGGCAGCGUCGAGCCCAGCUCCAGAAGCUCUCAGCUCAGACUCAGCUGUUAGAGGAACUGGGAGAGAUCAGCACAGAACGCCUGGGGAGCAUCACCUCUGCUGCUGACGUGCUCCCAGGGCUGGCGGAGCGGCCUGCUCGGAUGGCUCUGUGGUCGGAGUGUAGUGGUUCUGGUGCACUGUUCCACGCUACGCUGGACCAGGUGCUCAAACACAUGCACCACAGCUACACCGGCCCACUGCAGGAGAGACACCCACACACCGCAGCUGACACGGUGAUCCGGCUGGUGGUGAGUGAGAUGGUGGACAGGAGUGAUCUGGCCUCCUCCCCUACCUGCCACCCCCCUUCGGCCCUGUCCCAGGACGUGGUCACAGUGUUCCAGUUCCAAAGCUACGUCUCAGAGCACAGCGUGGAGGACAUGGAGGAACACCUAUUGCAGGUGGCCAGAGAAGCUGUGUUUGCGGAGGGCCUGAGUGGUGGCGACUCGGAGCGUUGUCUAAAGGAACUAGAAGAGGUCUCACACACCGUCCUGUGUCCCCGGCAGCAGACCCUCAGGGCCCUGGCCUCCCUCCUCUCCCACCAAGACCCCCAGCUCAGCGAGGCUGCAGCUGCCUACAUCACCUCUGCUUCCUCACAUACACCCUUCAGGUCAAAGGCGGUGGAUUGCUACACACAGGCCUUGUGGGAGGCUGGAGUUCAAACCCAAAGGUCUGCCUGUGCUGCUCUUAGCUGUCUACAGGCAGUAGAGAGCCUCUGGGCGGUGGUAUCUCUGUGUGACUCGGCAGACGAGGAGCUUCGCCAUGUUGCCAUGGAAACCCUGCUCACUUUCGGUGAGGAGGGUCGUCUGGCGUAUGAGCAGCUGGACACGAUGCCCAGAGAGAUGGUACGACUGGGGACGCGGCGAGGGAACGCCGUCACCACCGCCUUCUGAAACCACAGGACUAACUAACUUAACCUAGGAGCAUCGCAUCCACAGGAGGGGGACAACCCCCCUAGAACAAACCCUCUAGCCCCCCCCGCUGUGCCUGUGCUUUGAGCCAUGCAGACUGGACAUGCGUUUAAAUGGACACAGCUAGGGGGAGUGGCCGCAUCAACUCAGAGGAGCCCAACUAAACAUUGAAGGGCCACGUCUCAUCCUUAUCAACAGACUGGUGUAAAUCCUAACUGUCCAUUCUCUGACCACCACUAUUAAACCAUCUCUCACUGCACAGACAGAGCAUCUUCACCAUCAUAACUUAUUAUGAUUAUCAUGAUUAUUAUCACGACUGUGUUUGAUUUAUGAUAUCCUUAAAUAACUGCUAUUCAUUUGUUUUAGUAGGUGACGUUCAUUAGACAAACGGUUGUUUGCGCUUUUGGAAUUACACUGUGGCAGAAAUGUAAAUAUAAUAGCAUUAUACUCUGAACUGGAUUGAUUUGGUCUGGUAUGUACUGUUGAGAUUCAGGGAUUUUACAGACAGUUUGAACACUUUCUGUCAGAGGGUGCCAUGACAGUCAAAUCGCUCGGAAGGAGGUAGUUAAAAGCAACGUUCGCAAGUCAUCAUCAACAUGCAUGAAGAAGGCAGUCUUUCCCUAGAUAGUAGUUACCAGUAAGCAACGUUCUCACUCCAACAUGCACAACAUGAAGAGAGAGUCAUACUUGGACUGCCUUUCAAACUAAUCUAAGUUCUCUACUCACACAUGCCUGGGAUCUACAUGUUUGAAUGUCUGCUUGCUGCGAACUGAUUUGACAUUUGAUCAUGAUCUAUUUAAUUGGAAGCAGGUACGAAUGGACUCGAGGAGUGAGUGUGAGUUAGGGAUAGUUAGUAUGAAAUGAGAACAGUGCAGAACGGCUGUCUAAGGGGAUGAUGCUUCAAAUGGGCAAGGACUGAGGCUAUAGCGCUCCGCCUAGCUUUUUAUGCCAGUUGGAUCUAUACUACUGAGUCCGGUGCUUCUUCAGCAUGACAACAGUGUUUUUCUCGACUUAAUUUAUUUACGUCACAUUUGUGAUUCUAAUAUUAUUUAAUUUUCAUUUACUUUUGAGAAAAGAGGGCAGAAUGCAGAUAUUAUUUCACAUGUAAAAGUUGUAUAUUUGGUGUUUUUUUUGCUCAUGUUUGAUUUUUUUUAAAAGUUUCAUCAAAAAAAUGGACUCAUUAACAUGGGAAUGAUCUUGCUUACAUAAACAUGUUACUGGAAAUACUUUUAAUGGGACAGUAGAGAAGAAAUGUUACUUUAUUACGCAAGGAAAGCCUGAAAAUGAAAAAAAGUCAAUUUAUUCUGAAGAUAUCUUUAACCUGGCCACUACACCCAGGCUCACCUACAAGGAACAACCAUAAACAACCAUCAGAAUUAUCAUCUUAACUCUGUGACAUUAGAUCGGCUUCUAUCCGCACUGUCCAAAAGCCAUAACGAUAUCAAAAGGUGUUUUAUAGGCGGUAAUAUGUGAAAUAAUAUUUGUUCUUUUGUAUAUUAAAGCUGUAAAAUGUGUGAAAAUUGAUACUAAAACUGAAGAUGGCUUUGAGUUUGGCCUGGUGUAUGUUGAUCAUGGUCUUUAUUUUGAGGACCAAUGCCUGUUUCUCCCAUGACGUGAAUAGCAUUACAGUAUUUUGGUAUAAUACUCGUUACUUCAAGAACUCCACAAUGCAGCGGUCACCAUCUUGCUAAAAGUAACCAGUGAUGAAUUAAUGUUGCUUCUAUUCAACUCCCAAUUCAUCAGAUUGAACAUGUAGACAGAAUAAUGAAAUGUUAUGACAUUGAUCAUAUUUCAUGUAAGUACACUGUCUUCACAUAUGGUGAAUCAGAAAGCACACAGUAAGGACGUUACAUAGCUUCAGUACUUACUGCAUUCAAUUCUACAUUCAUUUCCCCUGCUCAAUGAAAGUGGCAAUAAAGUUUAUUUUUGCAUAA